AUGCGGUCCGCAUUUCGCCGCAGCUGUGCCGCAGAGGGCGUGGGACUUCACGAGGGUGUGGCGGAAGAUGUUUUAGCGUCUGCCAUUACCGAUACCGGGGUAAUUUCUUUUGAGGACGCCAAGGCGCAGCUUCGGUCAUCGUCGGUCUUCCGAAUUGACGCUGGCGUCGUCUACAUGGCAGCGGACGGUGAUUGCGAGCGAAGCCAGGUGGAGUUGAUGCUUUUAAAGGUGGCGGCGAAAAUUCCCUCGACAGGGGUGAGUGGCUCGCAACUGCAGGCGAUACUGGAGGACGAGGUGCCGUACUUUCAGCCUUCAGUGGUGGGGGCGCUUUCCCUCAAGGACGCGAUUCAAAGCUACCCGCACAUAUUCCUCGUGGAAUCGGAGCCCGCUGGAAAGUGGACGGUCAAGCCAGUCACCGGUGCGCCCCCUGGUGCCUCUACGUGUGGAAAAGAUGGGCCGCACGGCAUUGUCGACUUCUGUCGCAGGAGGGCGCUGAUGGGUCACCAAGGCGCCUAUGUCCCCUUGCGUCUUGCAAUGCAGAAAACAGGCAUCACGGAGAAAAAUUUGCUAAAACAGCUAGUAAUGAACGAGGAGGUGGCAAGGGUCCUGCAGGUAAAGCUGUCAGUUCGCUUGAGACCUAAGCGUGCACCCACAAACGUCUUUUGUUUUGUUGACGGGGACGAAAUUGGUCCAACCGUCGUGGAAGCCAUGGGAAGAGAAUUAACUCUCUCGGGUAAAUCCACGCACGUUGUGGCUCGUCACCCAACCUCUCCAAAGCACAGCGGCGGUGACAUCAUUGUGCCGGAUGAAAUGCCCACAUAUGCUGUUUUGGAGUUAAAGGCCAGGGAGCUCAUCCUGCGUCAGACGGUUGUUCUGCAAGACGUCAUCUACAUGUGCUCCUCCAACCAGUUUACGGUGUAUGCAGAGCAUGUGGCGAAACUGAAUGCGUUUCCCGAUGCAGAUGUGUACGUAUGCUGUCCGAGUAGGGUGAAGCUGGUGGCUGAAAAACAACACGUUCCACUGUGA